AUGUCUGGCGCAGCGAAGGACGGCGACGAAGCCACUGCAAAGUCAAAGGCUUCCUCGGUCCUUGAUCCUGCCAACUUCCCCCAAACUAAAUCCUCGGAUUCAAUCUAUAUCUCGCUGAUAUAUGACCCUAUCGACUCGCAGUCCUGCUUGCGUUUCACUCGGUCUCCAACCGCUGGUGCCAAUGUCCUCUUCCUCGGCACGACUCGCAACAAUUUCGACUCUCGUCCGGUGUCGCGCUUGUCCUACUCUGCCUACCCUUCCCUCGCUCUUAAGAGUCUCUUUACCAUCGCGGAAGAUGUGCAGAAGAAGCACGGGCUGGAGAAGAUCGCCAUCGUACACAGGCUCGGCGAGGUCAAGAUUGAAGAAGAGAGCAUCGCCGUCGCAGUCAGCAGCGGACAUAGGGCCAGUGGAUGGCUGGGAGCGGAAGAGAUCCUGGAAAGAGUAAAAGCCAGGGCAGAAAUAUGGAAACGAGAGUGGUUUGCAGACACCGGCGAAGUUGAGGAAGGAGUGUGGAGAGCAAACAAAGACAGAGAUGGACAAGGAAACAUCAUAUCCAAGUCUUGA